GGGACGGCAGGGCACUGCCGCGACCUUGUCCAUCCCCUCCCGCCGGGCCCAGGCGGGCAGGGGCGGCAGCAGUCCAGCCUCCUUAAUGCUGCCCCGAUUCGGCCAGGCGUAGGCUUCUCCCGUGCUUCACGCAGGCACCCGCACACACACCGUGUGCUCCUUAGCCCUAGGUCAAGGGGAAAAGCGUUUUUCGGUGGUGACUUUUGCAGGAGGGACGGUUUGUCUAGAGGGGUAUCUCUUACCCAUCUGUACGCAUGCUUUUGGUACAAGAUUUCCUGUCCUGCUCGCUUAAGUAUCCUGCUUCCCCCUCAAGACUCUCUUGCAUUAACUUACAUAGUAAAUUGCUCUUCAGUGUGGUACAGGUUAACUAAAAGUAACUGUCUCCCUUCAGCUACUGAUGUAGGACCGAGGUAAAGAAGAGAUGCCGUCAUAGAUCUCAAGCAAUAUUAACCCAGGGCUGGUGGGUCGGAGGGAGCUGGUGAUUCUGAAGACUGCCAAGUCAUCAUGGCUCAUGCUACUAUUUAUGUGGGGUUUACUGUUCCUCAGUUACUGAGAGGUGCUAGCAGAAUUUUUCCCACUCAUUCUGCAUUGGUGGUGAUGAGGCACUCUGUUUUUUGUUACUGCACAGUAAACAGCACAAUAAAAUCAAAAAGGAAAAUGGAUCAUCUGGAGAGAACAGCAAAUAAUUUUCGCCAGGAGGUAAUUUCACAAGCAAAAGUGUGUGGAAUCACCAAUGAGUCGGAGACAGUCAAAAGGCUUCGUUUGGCUAUUGCAAAUAAAGAUUUUACUUUCAAAGCAGGACAGUGGGUUGAUUUCUUUAUUCCCGGGGUAUCUGUAGUUGGGGGAUUCUCAAUAUGCUCAAGCCCUGGCCUGUUGGAACGAGAAGGAGUAUUAGAGCUGGCAGUAAAGCACACUGUUCAUCCUCCUGCUCACUGGAUUCACACUGAGUGUACUCUUGACUCAGAAGUGGCUCUGCGAGUGGGAGGUGAUUUCUUCUUUGAUCCUCAGCCUGGUGACUCCCCUGUAAAACUAGUGCUGAUAGCAGGGGGUGUUGGAAUUAACCCAUUGUUUUCUAUACUGCUGCAUAUAGUAGACCUUCAUGGAUACCAAGAGGGUAAAGGAAACGGAUACAAAAUGGGAACAGUGAAGCUGUACUACAGUGCAAAAAAUACAAGUGAACUCUUAUUUAAGAAAAAUAUUCUCGGUUUGAUGAAUGCAUUUCCUGGAAAGAUCACAUGUCAUUUCCAUGUUACCCAACAGAGUUCACAGAUCUGUAAAGAACUUCAGCCACAUGUUACAGAGGGAAGAAUAUCUGAAAAGGAUCUAGAAAAACAUGUAUCUAAGGAUACUUUAUGGUACAUCUGUGGUCCACCUCCAAUGAUAGAAUCUAUAUCCAAACUACUGUCUAACAUUGGUGUUCCCAGAAACUGUGUUUUCUUUGAGAAAUGGUGGUAGUGACACCCGCUGAACAGAAAAUGUAUUACUUGUUUCCAGUAUAUUUUGAUAAGCUAAAAUGUACAGAAAUGGACUAUGAAUUAUUUGGAAGAUUUUAUUUCAUACAUGAAGAUGUCCUCAAUCAUGAUAGUGUUCCUUUAACUAUAAUACACCUGUAAUACGGUGCUGCUGCUUUUGGGGAAAAAAAGUGAUUUUUAUAUUAAAGACAUUAACUUUU